AUGUACAGAAGACACCCACAAAACCCAAAGGACCAGCCCAACGUCUGGGCAACCGACGAACCGAGCAAGCCUCCUGCUGUGACUCCGGUGCUUACAGGCCGCGACACGGCCCAGUGCCCACGGCCUUCCUGCACUCGCUCCCGCUCGCCCAACCACUGCCCCAGCACCGCCCAGAACGUGGCUGGUGGCUCCUGGAGAGCUCAGAUCGUCUGUGGUGGGGUCGGAGGGACUCAGUCCGCCAGGAGGAGGGGGUUAGUAGACCGUGUGCCCAACCCUGCACUCGCCCGGGGCGCAGCGGCUGGGCCCCAGGGCUUCGAGGGCCGAGGCUUGGAGGCGGGAGGAGGCCCCGGACAAGAGGAGGCCGCGGCGGCUCAGGUCGGCACCUCCCGGAAGCCUACAGGAAACGGCGACAACGCGGGGCGAGGAUCGGAGUGCGCGCGCGGGCCGGCGGCGGCUCACCUGGGCGACCGCGGCCCGGACCGCUCGAGGGAGCGUCUGCAAACUCCUCUUCGGGAUAAGCGCGUCCACUCGAGGACACGCCGGCGAGCCGUGUGGAGAAAAGGAAGCCGAGAUUCCCAAGGGUCGUCCGGAUGCUCAGAGAGCACCUUCCCGGGCACAGGCCCUGGAGCCCACACCUGCGUUCUACCUGAACCCCCUGCGCGGCUUCUGCUGGCCCUGCUGGACACGUCCUUGUCGCGCUGUGGCCUGGUCCAGUUUCCUCAGCCCGUCCUCAGCAACCCAGCUCCCUGCCCGGAUGCCUCCUCCCCGACGGGACGGGUGCUUAGAACCGUCGGCUGGCCCCCUGGUGGCCACCCUGGCGCCUGCUCCACUAUUGGGCACGUCUCCUGGCUGCAGAAGCCGAUGUUUGGGAUCAGAGAUCUCUGUGGUUCUGGGAUGCCGUGGCUGCUGUUCCUCACCCUCCUCUGUCUGGGGAGCGCAAUGCCUGUUACUCCUGACCUAGGCUCAGGACAGGAGUUGGUAGGCAUUGUCGGGGGCUGCCCUGUCUCAGCCAGCCGGUUCCCAUGGCAGGUCAGCCUGAGGUUCUACAACAUAAAGUACAGUAAAUGGGAACACAUCUGUGGGGGCUCCCUCAUCCACCCCCAGUGGGUGCUGACUGCUGCCCACUGCGUACAGCCGAAACAACUGGGAGCUUGCGGCUUUAGGGUCCAAGUUGGACAGCUGAGGCUCUAUGAAAAUGACCGGCUGACAAAAGUGGCCAGGAUCAUCCGCCACCCCAAGUUCAGUGAGAGGCUGUCUGCCCAAGGGGGUGCAGACAUUGCUCUGCUGAAACUGGACACCCCAGUCAUGCUGUCUGAACAUGUCCGCCCUGUCUCCCUCCCAGCUGCUUCCCAGAGGGUCUCCCCCAGGAAGACCUGCUGGGUGGCUGGCUGGGGUGUCAUCGAGAACUCCAUGCCGCUGCCCCCACCCUAUCACCUGAGGGAAGUCACAGUCCCCAUUGUGAGAAACAGUGAUUGUGAGCGCAAGUACCACACCAAUUCUUCCUGGAACAGCAACAUCAGGAUGAUCAAAGAUGACAUGCUUUGUGCUGGGAUGAAGGGCCACGACUCCUGCCAGAGUGACUCCGGGGGCCCUCUGGUAUGCAGGUGGAACUGCUCCUGGGUCCAGGUGGGUGUGGUCAGCUGGGGCAGAGGCUGUGGACUUCCCGACUUCCCUGGUGUAUACACCCGAGUGAUGAGCUACGUGUCCUGGAUUCAUCGCUAUAUUCCCAAGUUCCCAGAACCCUCAGUGGAGCCAGAUGGGAUUAAUACAACGGAAAAGACCCUAACAACUCUUGUCGACCCCCUCACUCCUCCUGCUGAUCCAGCCUCACCCUGUUAAACCUCCCUAUCCCAUGGUAGUGAAACUCUGUGUUCUUGGUCUAAAGUCUUUGGUGUCCCUUAACUCUGGGAGGGAGGGGCUAAAGCCACAUCUCUCAGAAGUAGCUGGGCAGCCCAU